GUGCUGGUUAAAACAUGGGUGACACGGUAGAGAAAAGUUCUGAAGAGCCUCUGGUCUCUUUGGACAAUGACUGUUCCAGGAAGAUGGGGGACCUUGUGGAAGUCUCGAAUGGUGAAAAGGUCAAGUUUGAUGACACUGGGCUCUCUAUGGUUCUUCAGAAUGGUCUGGAGAACCUCCGGCUGGAAAACUCUCUCACAGAUGUAAUCUUGCGUGUGGACAGCAUAGAAUUCUCUUGCCACCGUGUGGUCCUUGCUGCCGCAAGUAACUAUUUCAGAGCCAUGUUUUGCAAUGAUUUAAAAGAGAAGUAUGAAGAAAAAAUCAUAAUUAAAGGAGUUGAUGCAGAGACCAUGCAAAUACUCUUGGACUAUACUUACACCAGCAAGGUGUUGAUCACAAAGCAAAAUGUACAGAAAGUCUUGGAAGCGGCCAGCCUUUUCCAGUUUCUGCGGAUGGUAGAUGCAUGUGCCAGUUUUCUCACUGAAGCCCUCCAACCGGAAAACUGUGUUGGGAUUCUGAGGUUGGCUGAUGCCCAUUCUCUAGAUAGCCUGAAGAUGCAUGUCCAGAACUACAUUAUCCAGAACUUCACUCAAGUACUAAACUAUGAAGAGUUUCUGGAGCUCCCAGCUGAUGUUCUCUACAACACACUAAAGAGUGAUGACCUCUACGUCACCGAGGAGGCACAGGUAUUUGAGACAGUGAUGAACUGGAUUCGUUACAAAGAGUCUGAAAGGUUCCCUCUUCUGCCCUUUGUUCUUGAGCAUGUGCGGCUACCGCUUUUGGAUCCCUGGUAUUUUGUAGAGACUGUUGAAGCUGAUCAACUUAUCAGGCAGUCUCCUGAUGUCUUCCCUCUGCUUCAAGAAGCAAGGAUGUACCAUCUGUCAGGCAAUGAGAUUAUUACAGAAAGAACAAAGCCCAGGAUGCAUGAGUUCCAGUCUGAGGUGUUUAUGAUCAUUGGCGGUUGCACAAAAGAUGAAAAGUUUGUAGCAGAAGUGACUUGCCUGGACCCCUUGAGGCGCAGCCGUUUGGAAGUGGCAAAAUUACCAAUCACAGAACAGGAAACAGAGAAUGAGAAUAAAAAAUGGGUGGAGUUUGCAUGUGUUACAUUAAAAAAUGAAGUCUACAUAUCAGGUGGGAAAGAAACUCAACAUGAUGUCUGGAAAUAUAAUUCCUCCAUCAAUAAAUGGAUACAAAUUGAAUAUCUCAAUGUUGGACGGUGGAGGCACAAAAUGGCUGUGUUAGGUGGCAAGGUCUAUGUGAUUGGAGGUUUUGAUGGCAUGCAGAGAAUCAACAGUGUAGAAACAUAUGAUCCUUUCCAUAACUGUUGGUCAGAGGCAGCUCCACUCACAGUCAAUGUGAGCUCAUUUGCUUCCAGCAGCUACAAGAAGAAACUCUAUGUGAUUGGGGGAGGACCCAAUGGAAAACUGGCUACAGACAAAACACAGUGCUAUGACCCUACUACAAACACGUGGAGCCUGAAAGCAUCCAUGCCAGUUGAAGCAAAAUGCAUUAAUGCUGCAAGUUUCCGUGACCACAUCUAUGUCGUGGGUGGGGCAAUGAAAGCGCUAUACUCAUACAGCCCACUUGAAGACACAUGGUGCCUAGUGACUCAGUUCACCCAUGAGAGAGCAAGUUGUGGGAUUUCCCCUUGCAACAACAAGUUGUUCAUCACGGGGGGCCGAGAUGAGAAAAAUGAAGUCAUUGCCACAGUGCUGUGCUGGGACCCCGAGACACAGAAGUUAACAGAGGAGUGUGUCCUGCCCCGUGGUGUAUCCCAUCAUGGCAGUGUCACCCUCAGGAAGUCCUACACACACAUCCGCAGGAUAGUGCCUGGGGCAGUGUCUGUGUGACUUCAGGAGAGGCUGAGGAAAGAGACUGGAGAACCGCAGGUAAAAUCCAAAUACCUCAUAUUUCACAUGGAGACAAUGACAAGUAGACAGCAAUUGAGAGACUGUUUGACAUGCAGGUGGUGAUGGAUGGAACCACUGCUACCACGGUCCUUUCAGGAAAUAGCUGUAUAUGUGCUCAACUUCCUAUUUUCCCCUGUACAGUAUAUCCUUAAAUUAUCCUUAUCCCCACCAUGCCCUAAGAGAUGGGACAAUCUGGAGUUCUCUCCUGCAUACAGUACCUGUCGUCACCCAUAGAAAUAUCAUUUGUAGGUGGGACACAUUUCCUAAUCGUCUCUUACACUGCAGGUAGGACAGUCAGGACAAAUUCUGGCCCAGCCCUUCCCUAAGUUUGUAAACUAUUUAUUACUGUUAGUAUCAAACUUGCUGGCCUUGCAGCACACCCUACCGAAAAGGAGAAGUUGGUUUUGGAAUGGAAGCUUUGCAUCACUGGUGAAACUCACGCAAUUUCCUUGUAAGUUAAACGUCUCAGUGGGUGACACAGUAGCUGCAGUUAAAAGACAGCUUUUUUAGUUAAUGUGCUUUCAUUUUACAUCACCUAAAAACUCAUCACAGCUGGCGUUUCUUCUGACAUCCCCAGCAGGGACUUUGAAGACCAGGGAAUAGAGCCUAAUUCUCUUACCCUUACAGAAGGACAAACUCUAAUUCAUUCCACUUUAAGUUUAUUUGAACUGUUUUUCAAUAAAAAUGACUA